AUGGAUCAUUCUGGAAAAAACAAAUCUAGCUCAUCAUAUAGACAAACCAGUUUGCAGAAAAACCAUAUUACAAAGACCACCAGCCCAAUACAAGACACAGAAAAUGAUGCAUUUUUUUCUUUUGUCCUCAUCGAUUCCUUUUUCUUUCUAUUCUUUUUGUUACAAAUUUAUUUAGGACGGCAAAGGAGACCCAGCCGGAACCCUGGGGGGCUGUUAGCAGCAUGGAAUGCAGCAACAUCCAAGGCCAACCUGGUAGUAGCUCAAGAUGGGUCCGGCAGUCACAAGACCAUAAACGAGGCGGUGGCUGCAGUCGGUAGAAUGGGCCGAAGGCGGCUGGAGAGAGUGGUAAUCCACGUCAAAGCCGGGGUUUACCACGAGAGAGUGGAGAUUGGAAGGGACUUGAAGCACCUCAUGUUUGUGGGCGACGGCAUGGACAAGACCAUCGUCACCGGCAGCAGAAAUGUUGUGGACGGUGCUACCACUCUGAGCUCGGCCACAUUUGGAGUAUCAGGAGACGGAUUUUGGGCAAGGGACAUGACAUUCGAGAACACAGCCGGUCCCCAUAAGCAUCAAGCAGUGGCACUGAGAGUGAGCUCGGACCUCGCAAUCUUCUACCGAUGCAGCAUCAAAGGCUACCAAGACACGCUCUACGUGCAUUCUCAGAGGCAGUUCUAUCGCGACUGCCAAAUUUAUGGCACGGUCGACUUCAUAUUUGGCGACGCCCCAGUAGUCCUCCAAAACUGCGACAUCUACGUGAGGAAGCCCUUGGACAACCAAUCCAACAUGAUAACCGCCCAGGGGAGGGAAAAUCCCAACGAACACACGGGCAUUUCGAUAUUGAACUCGCGCGUCAGGCCAGCGCCUGAGUUUAGCAUGGUCAAGGGGCGGUUCAAAAGUUACUUGGGCCGCCCGUGGAGAAAGUACUCUAGGACCGUCUUUUUGAAGACGGACCUUGAUGGGUUGGUUGAUCCAAGAGGGUGGACUGAAUGGGGUACUGGAGGACUUGCCCCUUCUACUCUGUAUUAUGGGGAGUAUCUGAAUUCGGGUACCGGGGCUUUAACCCGUGGAAGGGUGAGAUGGGUCGGGUUUCAUGUGAUCCGCGACCCGAAGGAAGCUAGCCCAUUUACCGUUCGGAACUUCAUACAGGGGGAGUCUUGGAUUCCGGCCACUGGUGUGCCCUUUUGGCUUGACAUUUGAUUUUCCCCUUGCAACGAUUUUGAUUGUGGGGGUUGAAAUUGUA